UUAUUUCAUAUGAUAUCGCAUUCCCUAAACCUCGAUGUAAAUGGUUUUCAUUUGAUGACAUGGCUUUUUAUUCCCCAUAGAUAGAUGUCGAAAUGCACCUUUUGGUAGCAGCCAUCGACUUCGGGACAACAUAUUCAAGCUGGGCGUUCGCGUUCAGCCAUGACUAUGAUAACGACCCGACGAAAGUAUCCGCAAAACAGUGGAAUGGUCACGAAUCUCUAAAAGGCCCUACUUCUGUAUUGAUCAAGCCCGAUGGGAAAACAUUGCAUUCGUUCGCGUUUGAUGCUGAAGCCAAAUACGCCGAACUUAUUGAAGAAGACAAACAUAAAGACUGGUACUUCUUUAAAAUGAUGUUAUGGAAACAGAAACUCAAUAGAAAUUUGAUGUUAGAAGCUGAAAAUGGUCAAAAGUUAUUGGCAAGAACCGUAUUCGCGUUGUCCAUAAAAUAUCUGAAGGAAGACCUAUUGGCUGUUUCUAAUGAUCGAAUAGCGGACGCUGUUUUACCGACAGAAAUACACUGGGUUUUGACAGUCCCUGCCAUCUGGAACAAUGCAGCAAAACAGUUCAUGCGGGAAGCUGCGGAAGAGGCGGGAAUAGAAUCACAUAUGCUGACCAUUGCACUUGAGCCGGAAGCUGCCUCUCUUUUUUGUCGUCAUCUUUCGGUUGAAAAGAGUGGGGAUCAAUUGUCAUUGGCAUCUCUGCAAGCUGGAAGCCAAUAUCUUGUACUCGAUGCUGGAGGAGGAACUGUGGACAUAACGGUGCACGAAGUUACGCCAUCUGGUGGAGUCAAAGAGCUGUACAAGACGAGUGGUGGAGCUUGGGGUGGGACAAAAGUCAAUGAUUCCUUUGAAGAAUUCAUAGCUUGUUUGGUAAAGAAGAGAGACGUCGAUCCCGACAAGGAUACAAAAUUCGUCAUGAGAGUUCCACUUACUUUUUUUACAACUGUUAAAAAACGACUCCACAAAGACUUUAAAAAAGCGGUCAAAAAGUCAUCUUAUUCAAAUUCGGUGUCCUUGUCUUCGGAUAAACUAAAUAUCGAUCCAACUGUUGCUCGAAGCUUUUUUAAAGAAUCCAUCGAUAGCACUAUAGAACAUUUGAAAGAUGUUUUGCAAAAACGAGAAAACACAGGCGUGAAAGCCAUUUUGAUGGUUGGUGGGUUUUCCGAGUCGAAAAUGCUCAAAAAGGCUGUCAAACAAACAUUCCCAACAUUAAAAAUGAUUAUUCCUGAUGAAGCUGGUCUGGCAGUUCUUAAGGGAGCCGUGAUGUUUGGACAUGAGCCCAGUCAAAUAGCCGAGAGAAUAAGCAAAUAUACGUAUGGUGUUUGUGUUCAUACUUUAUUUGAUGAGAAAGUUCACCCUGAGUCAGCAAAGAUCACUGACACUGACGGUAAAGAUAGAUGUCAGAACUUCUUUCAUAAGCAUGUAAUAGCGGGACAGUCGCUGAAGGUCGGAGAGGCCCAAGCUGUUGAAAUAUACUCCAUACCUCAAAACCAUGAAGCGGUGAUCACGGUAUUCGCAACUGAAAGUAAAACUCCAGUUCUUGUAACUGAUCCAGGAUGCAGACAGGUUGGACAAUGCAGCAUUCCUAUGGCCAAUACUGAAGCUGACCGCGAGGUUUUAGUACGAAUGAUAUUUGGUGGCACGGAAAUAGACGUCGAAUGCACCAAGAAAGCGACUGGCAUAGUUUCGCAUUUUAAUAUUGACUUUUUGUCGUGUAUGUGAAUGACGACGAGCUUGUUAUAUAAUUAGGUCAGUGUACAUAUUACAUAAACAUGCAUUUUAUAGUAUCUCAUUUGUUCCGUAAAUGUACACUGCAACAGACAAGCAAAUAUCUCUCAUUUUAUAAUAGAACUGUGUGUAAGUUUAGUUGUGCUUGAAAGAAAAUAUUAUAAAAAACAGGCUCUGCCACGAGUCAUCUAAUACACAAUUUAAUUCAACGAGUUCAGGAAAUAUGUAAGUAAGUAAACCUUUGGCGUUAGUUACAUAUACCUUGACGAUUUGAAUACAAAUAUGUAUUAUUUGAUGACGAGUGUCAGAUCCUUAUAUUACAUGCUAUUCCCAGUAAAAAUAAUCGUUUAACCUUCUCUAGUUAUGAGCCGAAUACUACAAAACCAUUUCUCGCGCUACAUGCAUUACAGAAAUGUUGUCCCAAGAAUAUUUUGAAACCACUGAUACAUCCGAUCGUUUUAAUUAUGUUUAAAAGAAGAAUGCACAUUUAGAUAUCAUGUAGUAAAAACAUCAAAAUAUUAUCCUUUUAACGAAAUUUGCUGUAUUUAAAAUAAUGACGUCAUAUCCUGUAUAAUAUCAUUAUAAUUAGCUCUAUUCUUGCGACAUCAUUUUCUGUUUAAGCAUAUUAAUAAGCGAACGUAUUUGUGCUUUGAAAAAAUCAAGACGAAAUACCACACUUUACUCUUACCAUGUAGAUGGACAAUGGUAUUGUAUUUAAAUCAAUCUUAAUCAUGAAUACAAAAUAAGAAAUAACCAGUUUUUCUUGUCAACUAACUUUCGUACAAACAUGCGGACUGAUCUAUAUCUGAAUUUAGAAAUAAAGCAAUACAGAAAAAGAUUGCUAUAUUAAAGCUGCACUCUCACAGAUUGAACGUUUUGUCAACUUGUUUAUUUUUUGUCUUGGAACGAGCCAAUUUUUGCGAAAAUCCAUGGAAACCAGUGUUAUAAGACUGCUGACAAAAAUUAGAUUGCAGAAUUUCGUAUUUAAGUUAAAAAAUUCAUGUUUUUUGCAUUUUUCUUAAACCGUUAGUUAUAAAACAUUAUUUUUCGAGUGGAAAAAUGCGAUUCUGUGCUCAGAUCUUUUGUUAACAGUCUUUUAUUAUUGGUUUACAGUGUUAUAAGACUGCUGACAAAAAAUUAGAUUGCAGAAUUUCAUAUUUAAGUUCAAAAAUCCAUGUUUUAUGCAGGUAAAACAAUAAGUAUUGAAAGGACUCCAGGCAAACAACGAAGCAUAAGUUCAAGUACUUGCAAUAUAUAUAUAGUUAUCUCCUUGUAGAAAUAUUUGAUUUCAAAUGUAAAAUCUGAUGUCUUUGAACUGAACGUAUGGCAGCUGAGUUUGACAGUAAACCUUUGAACAAAAAUGAUUAUUAUGAUUGUUUGUAAUUAUAUGAACAAAGCACGAUGAAUACGUAUAUAAUACACAUACGAAUAGUUUAGAUCAAUAUUAUUCCAAUGCUCUUCACCUUUUGAACCUUCUUUUGUUUUUCUUUAGCAUAUCUAUUUGACAGUGAAGCAUUUUUUAAAGCUUCCGUGUUGUUGUUGUUUCGUUCUUAAUACCUUAUAGAAGUAAA